AUCAAAGAUAUAUCAAGAAUUGAAACAUCUGGAAUUAAACACCUCUUUGAGCUGUUGUUGUCUAACAAUGAAAUCGAUUGUCUUCCACCAAACAUAUUUCAAAACAUUUCCAUAGUGGGAUCCAUUGACUUGUCAUUCAACAAAUUGCGGUCCAUACCAGAUGGCUUAUUCAAUAAGCUUGGAAAAUUACAAAUUCUGAUGAUUAGCUUCAACAACAUCUCCAACAUAAACAAUCACACUUUUGAAGGACUUUCAAGCUUGGAGACGCUGAUGCUGAUAAAGAACAAACUGACUUUUAUUUCCAACGAUGUUUUUGAUGAAACUGCUUUGCAAUCAGUUUUUCUUCACAGUAAUGCCAUCAAAACGAUUGGAAGUGAAUCCUUCAGCAGACUUAAACUGAAACAACUUACUAUCUUUGAUAAUCCUCUACACUCGUUACCAGAUGGAAUGUUCGACAAAAUGGACACCGAAACCAAAGUAUCAUUGACAUGUAAAAACCUUCUUCAGCUUCCGAAAGGACAGUAUCAGUCAGUAAUUGACUGUGCCCCCUCCACUACAUUCAAUAUACUUUUGACCGGAGAACAAUCUAGCUACAGUGAUGGCCUAGAAAGUUCAGGCUUUGAGUGCCAUUCCUGUGGGCCUCAUCCCAGUGGCUCCCGAUGUCGUAACUGCUCUCUUUGUCAAGUUGGUUAUUUCAUGCACGCCAAACAGAUGUGUGUCAAGUGUCCUGCAGGUGGUUUUUAUCAGGAUGAAAUGGGACAAGUUGAUUGCAAAAGAUGCAGCAUUGGUACAUUUGUGUCUGAAACGCGACAUCCUGGGACAAGUCCUGCGGACUGUGUGGCAUGUCCAUACGGUACUCUCUCCAACGAGACUGCGGAAUAUCGAGCAUGCAGAUGCCUUCAAAACUUUUAUCGGUUGGAUCGUUUUGGUCCGUGCUCAGCAUGUCCACCACACGGUUUUGUUUGUGAGAAUGAUACAGCAAUACUUGCUCCUAACUUCUUCUGGAAAUGGUCAAAUCAGUCUGAAAAAGGAUUCUUUAAAGGUUUUGUUAAUAACAUCCACUCUUCUAAACAAGACUACGACAAGUUAUAUUCUACGUUUAAUACUUUACUUCCAAACCCACUCAAAUGUCCUUAUGCCAGGUCUUGCGAGGGUGGAAUCGACUCCAAAUGCCAUCAUGGAUAUAAAGGAGUUCUGUGUGCAACCUGCUCUAACGGCUUUUAUUUCCGAUUUCACGCUUGCUUGAAAUGUCCUCGGUUAACUAUAACAGUUACUUCGUCCAUCUUGGUAAUUGCUCUUUUUGUUGCUGUGUUUCUAAUGGUUCUUUGGGGUGACUCCAAACGUGCAGAGAAUAACCGGACGGUUGCAGAUGUCGUCAUGUCGUGCUUUAAGAUUGUGAUUGGUUUUUACCAAGUCAUUGCUGGAAUUUUCUCGGCAUUAGCGAAAGUCCAGUGGCCAGUCAUUUUGAUCUCAACGGAGAAGGUUCUAAAAGUGUUUGAAGGGAACAUCUUGCAGUUUGCGCCACUAAGCUGCAUUCAUUCUUCCCUGCGUCUCGAUGAGCUCGGAAAGUUCACAGUGAUCGUUGCUUUAAAUGUCCUACUUGUCGGCUUGAUUUUCCUUUAUCUUUUCGUUAAAAGACGCUACAUUAUAAAUAAAACUGACAGUACCGAAAGCCAAAAAAUGAGGGAAAUUAAGAGUUUGAAGAAAUCUUGCUAUCGGAACAUUUUCCUAUUGUUGUUAACGACCUACCCCACGACGAGCAAGUCGAUUAUUCAAAUUCUACCUCUUCCCGGUGCGUGUGUAGAAACGUGUUUCUCAAAAGAAAAGCUCGACUGUAUCUUCCUUCUGAGAGCUGACUACUCUAUCCAGUGUUUCACUCCUCGCCACAGCUUGUAUUGGCUCAUGGCCUCUAUUCUGGCAUUAUAUCCCGUAGGAUUUCCACUUUUGGCUUUGUUUCUCACUUACAAAUAUCGGGAGUCCCAUGAAAACGAAACAGUUUCUUUUGGGCUCAGAGUGUUCUUUGAAAACUACAAGAAGAAAUUUUGGUUUUGGGAGAUCAUAGAGAUGUACCGCAAACUGAUAUUGAUCUCAUUGAUUUUCCUAUUUGGAUCUAAAAGCCUUCCUCAAAUCGGUCUCACAGUUCUGACAGUCAGCGUCUUUGGAGUGCUCUACACCCUAUUCCGACCAAUCAAGGACAAGUUUGAAGACCGCUUACAAACAUUUGUUCUUUGGAUAAUUUUCUUUGACGUUUGUCUUGGUGCAGUUUACACAAACUGGGAUGAGAGUCAAGGAGAGGACAAGAACGACUCCAUCUUUGUAAAUGCCCUGUUCGUGGUCCUUAACGCCUCUGUAUUGUUAUUUGCCAUUGGAAAGGGAAUAUCACAUGUGAAGUUAUUUCGCAAGUAUUUUUCCUUCUGCCCGAUGAGAUGUUUCAAUUUCCUUCGCCAAGGACUGGCGCCUCUUAAGAAUAAGGCGGUCACCACAACACCUGAAGAAUCAUUCUUGAUCUAGGAUGGCACCCAAGAGCCUCGCCGAUAUAUUCUAUCUAUACCGUUAUAACAUAUCUCGAAAAAAAAAACAACAACAAGAACAACAAGAACAAGAACAACACCAACAACAGAAACAUAGUUGAGGGGGUUUACCUUAGACGGCUUGAUUACUUCGUUCAUGUUAGCUCUCAUGAUCAAGCCUUAACACCUCCCCUCCCCUCGGCAACUCAACGGCUUUUGACUGUCGUCCGUGCCCUAGGGGUGUGGAGUUUGAACCUUGCCUGGCUGGGUGGGAAUUUGAAACGGAAGUGUUUAGUAUUUCCAUCGAAAUACAAGCGUGUAUUUCUUUAAAUAUCGAGGUGCUUAAAUCUUGAGAAUUAACUUUCGCGAGUGAAACUGGAUGAGAAGAAAAGGUGUGCGAUCUUAAGGUAUUAAAGCUCAGUCAAUGUGCAGAUAGUCACAGUCGCCGAUCUUGCCUUUUACCAAAAAAAAAAAUUGAUCAUUAAAUCCGGCACUUGGUUAGGGCAUUUGAACACAAUUUAGCCUGACCCGGCAUACGGGAAUUUGAACAAAUCAGUCAUUAAAAGUUCAAAUGACUGGGGUUUGCCCUUGGUGAAUGUUGAAGCUUCAUUACAUACACCGAACUGCCAAUUGGUUAGCCUUCGUAAUUACUGAGCUAGGUUUAAAAAGAAAACACUUGUGUUCUCGCAAGGAGGCCACUCGAUGGAGGGUCCCAAUGGG